UUCAUUAUCGCCUGACUUGUCGGAUUUACUUCACUCGUUCUGUGAUUAGUGCUGCGGAGAAAAUGUUCGGAAAAUUCUUUUUCGUUCCGUUGCUAGCGAUAAUCUCGCUCAUCGGCGCGACCGCGGCCGAUUCCGCCAUCGACGACUUCGACGAAUCCGGUCGCUACACCAUCGAGGGCAAGGUAUACCCGCCGGAGCUGUUCGGUGGCUCGGAUCUUACCUGGCAGAUCGAUACGCACAUCUCGAUCAACGCGGGUGAGUACAAGGGAUUCCUCAAGGAUGACGGGUCGUUUGUCAUUAGCUCGGUCCCGUCCGGGAGCUACGUGGUGGAAAUCCUGAACCCAGACUACUACUACGAAUCCGUGCGGGUGGAAAUAAAUCCGAAGGGUAAAUUCCGCGCCCGGAAGCUCAACUACGUCCAGCCGUCGCAAGUGGUCCAGGUGCCAUAUCCGUUGAAGUUGAAGGCCCUGACGCGCUUCCGCUACUUCCAGCAGCGCGAACAGUGGAAGAUUACCGAUUUCCUGUUCAACCCCAUGGUGCUGAUGAUGAUCCUACCGUUGUUCAUUAUGCUCAUCCUGCCGAAGAUGAUGAGUGAUCCGGAGACGAAGAAGGAGAUGGAGAAUCUUAAUCUGUCUAAGAUGACGAACGACAUGCCGGAGAUAAGCGAGAUGAUCACCUCCUUCUUCACGGGUGGAGCACCGGCAGCUGCGGGGGCUGUCAAGGACAAGGAAAAGUCCAAAUCGGCAGCCAGCAAGCAGAGCAAGAAGAAGAACUAGAUUCAUUCCAACCGUUGGUGGAGUGGGAUGAUCUCGUGAUCAGUGUUGUAGGAAAAUAUUACGGUAGGUUGAUACUUUUAGGGAAGCGAUCCAAUUUGUAAAUCUAUUUAUUAGUGCGACAAGCGGAAAUGCCCGUGCGUGUGUGUGGUUGAUGAAUAAAUUGGGGAAUUACCAACAUCCACAUAUCCA